GACAGUAAUGUUUUUAUUUCUGUUUUGUUCUAUGUGAGAAGGAUGGUAACAUGGAGUGAGCAAUUCGUGACUCCUGCUGAUGUGAACAUGAACAUACGGAUGCUCUACGAGUACGAGACGGUUCCGAGUUCCUUCAAUUAUGUCCAGUCUGCGCCCCUGUAGUUCAAUUGUAUACUUCGACGACCUCCACUUUACUUUCUAACCCCCUUUUCCCUAGUAAACGGUUCACUUCUUAGCACUGCUACCAUUCCUUGAUCAGUGUCGCUUACCAUCUAUGUUAACGAGCUAAGCAUCACUGAUCAAGGAGAUCCAAAUGCUAAAAAUAAUGACUUCGGAGAUUGGCCGGAUCUUCUCGGUUCAGCGGAUUUGCAUUCAUAUUUGCUUAUUCCUCAGCUAUCGAAAGGCGAACAAGUAAGUAUCGUUUUACUCAACUGAACUGUUUUCAACCACUCGUAUUUAGUGUUAUUACUAAACGACCAAUGAGUCCCUUAGUAUUUGUCGCUUACUGCUUCCCCGCAUACUCUAUUGCCGCCCGAUCGCUCAUUACGCCAUCGGAAAAUCUUUUUAACGGGAAAUAAGCCAAUGGAAUUCGUGAUUGAUUAUCCGAGAUAUAUCACUUAUAUUUACGCGACUUUUUGAGCAAAAGUCAUUCAUCCCUCCGCACACACCUUGCGCGUUUGGUCCACAAUGUCAGUCUUGAAUAACACGGAAAAAAAGCUUCGUAAUGACCCAUCGAAACGUUGGGUUGUUCAGAAGUUUGGUGGCACUAGUGUUGGAAAGUUUCCAUUGAAAAUUGCAAAUGAUGUCGCGAAAGCUUCUAUGGAGAAGAAUCAAGUUGCUCUCGUUUGCUCUGCUCGGAGUAGUGACACAAAGGCAGACGGUACUACUAGCCGUCUUCUGCGUGCUGUUGCUGCUACCAUCAAAUCUCGUACUCAAUCUCUUGGUGCUUUAGUGAAGGAGAUUGAGGACGACCAUGUUGGUGCCGCCAACAAAUUCAUUUCGAACGAAGAAAUUCGCGAGAAGCUUAUUAAAGACAUCCGUGAUGACUGUGCAGCCUUGGAACAAUAUCUCAACGCUCUUCGUAUUGUCUCUGAGACUUCUCCCCGUUCGUGCGAUGUAUGCAUCGGUGUCGGUGAGCGUUUGAGUUGUCGUUUCAUGGCCGCUGUCUUGAACGAUCAAGGCAUUGAGGCUGAAAUGGUCAGUAUGGAAGAGAUCAUUGACGAGUCCAUUGACUGGAAGGCUCUUGAUGCUUCCUUCUACUCCUACAUUGCAAACCAACUCGUUUCUAAGGUUUGUGAAAUUGGCGACAAGGUUCCUGUCGUCACUGGUUUCUUUGGUCUCGUCCCCGGUAGCAUCAUUUCUCAGAUUGGUCGUGGUUACACUGAUCUCUGUGCUGCCUUGCUCGCCGUCGGCUUGAAGGCCGAUGAGUUGCAAAUUUGGAAGGAGGUUGACGGUAUCUUCACCGCUGAUCCUCGCAAGGUGCCCAACGCUCGUUUGUUGGCUCUCAUUACGCCAGAGGAGGCUGCAGAGCUAACUUACUAUGGUAGUGAGGUCAUUCACCCUUUCACAAUGUCCCAGGUCAUUUCUGCUCGCAUUCCCAUUCGCAUUAAAAACGUUGACAAUCCUUCUGGCGCCGGUACUAUCAUUUUCCCUGACACUAUUUCGCGCCAUGGUUCCGCUACUCCUCCUCAUCCUCCUAAAAUCAUGCCUGAGGAGGCUCGUCAGGAGUUAAUGGGUAAGACCGCCACUGCAGUUACCAUCAAGACUGAUGUUAUGGUCCUCAACAUCCAAUCCAACCGCAAGGCGGCUUCUCACGGUUUCCUUGCGUCCAUCUUUGCUAUCCUUGAUAAGUACAAGUUGAUCGUUGACUUGAUCACCACUUCUGAGGUUCAUGUUUCCAUGGCUCUUCAUGAGGAAUCCGAGAAUGGAAACUUUCACGAUGCUUUCGUUGAGCUCCGUCGUUUGGGUACUUUGGAUGUCAUGCAUGGAAUGGCCAUUCUUUCUCUUGUUGGUAAGUACAUGCGUAACAUGGUUGGUAUCUCCGGAAGAAUGUUCUCGGCUCUGGCUCAAGCUCAGGUCAACAUCGAAAUGAUUAGUCAAGGUGCCAGUGAGAUUAACAUUUCUUGUGUUGUUGAUGAGAAGAACGCUGCAAAGGCCCUGGUUUGCGUUCACGAGGAAUUCUUGGGUAAACCUUCUUCGCUUCACGUCGUUCCUUCUCAAGCCUCUUUACUUGUUGAGAAGCCCUGGCUGUAUUCUUCUUAAUAUGGUAUCGUUGUUUCAACUCGGUAUCACAUUUAGAAAUGCUUCCGGAUUGAAUGCUUUUGCAUUAUGAGGACUGGACAGCACCUUGCUUUCAUUCUUUCUAUCUUUUCGCCGUCAUUUUGUGAGCGUGCAUGAUUGUCAAUGUGUUUCGUUUUUUUUUGAACUUUUUUUCAUAAUUUUGCUCUGUUCCCUUCAGCUGCUUCCCAGCGACCUUGUUUUUGUUAUCCUUAUCGUCACAGUACUUCCCUUUACCACUAGUAAAAAAAAUGCUAAACAUGUAGCAUUGCUCCCUCCUUUUUUUGUUCAUAAAUAAAAUUAGAACUCAAUUUUUGGUGAUCAUCUCGAUGUUUGAUGAGCGGAUGG